AUGCCGAGCUUGGAGUCAUCAAGUGAUGAUGAGGUCACAAUUGUGGAGCAGACGAUGCCGUUGAACACACCAUUGGCGCAUUGCAGCUCCUCAGAACCCUUAACUCCUCCAAAUGAGAACGUGAUAGCUUCAACUUCGAACGCUAAUCAAUCCGAGCAGCAGAAAAAGAUUACAUCUGGAUGGAUGGGAAGAUCUUCAUUUAAAUCGCAUUUUCAGUUUUUUUUCAAGCAUGGGAGGAAAGUUGCCAGGUGCAAUUACUGUGGGAAGACUUACAAAGAAGGUGAGUCUACUGGGAAUUUGUCAAAACAUAUAACGGCUGUACAUCGUUCUGUGCUGAAAGAGAAAAAAGUUCUCAAAAUGCAGACACUGGAUACAAUGUCAAAAUCUUCUAAAUCACUUCACUUAACAGAGGCAUUGAUACGAGAAUGCAACAAACAUCCAGGUACUUUGGAGAGCUUACUUCUAAUAACGGAGGGAUUUCUUCCUUUCAAUUUUGUCCGUUUAAGUACUUGGAGCCAUCUCAAUAGAAAAUAUGGGGGAAACACGUUCAUUCAGUCCAGGACUACAUUGACUAAAAAGAUACAGCAUUUUAGAGACUGUCUCAAUGAUACUCUGCGGCAAAAUUUGAAAGAUACCACUCUAGUCAACGUGCAAUUGGAUAUAUGGACAGCAGGUAACAGUCAGUCUUUUCUUGCCAUUAUGGUAUCUUUUGCUCCAAAUAUUUUGAACAAAGAGCUACUUGAAGCCAGCAAUGGUUCAAGGUUAUUACUAAAUAUACACGGUGAAGCGAGCAACACUCAUUUACUCGAUUUUGUUAGUUUAGGGGACAAGAAACAUACGGGCAAGAAUAUGUGUGAUACAUUCAUGUCUGUAAUGGAGGAAUAUGAUCUUGUUGAUAAACUCGGAACCAUCACUAUGGAUAACGCUUCAAACAAUGGCAACUUUCACGUUAAUCUAAUAUACGAUCAUUUUAAUGGACUUAGACCAAGAGGCCAUCGGCUGGUUGGAAAAGUUCGUUUUAUACGCUGUGCGAGUCAUGUUUUGAAUCUGCAAUUUCAAAGGAUUAUCAAAAGCUUGUCCCGGAAUUCUCUUUUCUCUAAUGCCUUCAAAAAGAUCAGAAAGCUAGCAAAAAUAAUGCGAUAUUCAACCGCAAUCAACUCCAGUCUGAAAAAGAAUAAUUUACCUUUAAUUCCUUAUGAGUCUCCCACUAGGUGGCUUUUUACAUGGAAGCAAGUCAAAAUAUUCUUAGAAAAUUACAAAGCCUACAAGAAUUGGCUUGGACUCGUACAGGAACGUGGUCAAGACCAUUUAGUUACGAGGAUUCAAGAUCAUAUUUCGUUUGAUUCUAAAACCAUCAAUAUGUUAGCUUAUUUUGUUGAGUGCGGCAAGAUUUUUGAUUACGUGAACAAAAAGUUCCAAGAUGAAGAAUAUAACAAUUUACCUCAAGGAGUUCCUUUAUACUACCUUUUGGGACACUUUUACAAGAGUUGCCUGAACGUAUCCACGGGAAAGGAAAUUCCUAAAUCUAAAAAAGGUAUGGAUUUCUCUUUUCUAAACGGCCCCGAUACAUUGUCCUUUGAUGAAAAGAAUAUUGUUCUUGAAGCCAUCAACGUCGCAUACUUAUGCUAUCAAAAUUAUUUAUCACACAUUCAGGCUAACCCAUUGUAUUAUGCGGCCGUCAUGCUCGAUCCAACGGCGAAACACGAGCAGCUUUACAGAAUGAUGGAAAUUGAUGAGUUCAAUCUAAGGAUGAACCAAGUUAACAAUUUUAUUAGAAUGUACUUGAACGAAGAAGGCGUUGAGCUAGGUAAUGGGCAGCAAGCAAGCCCGGAGCUCUCAACUAUCGGGCGAGAGGAAGACUAUUACAGAUGCUUUAAUGUUCAUGAACAACCGCAACCCACCGAAACAUAUUCCACAGCCUCAGUAUGCGACGUUAAUGAAAAUCUUGAGGAAUGGCACAGAUACCAAAGUGAGCCAGUGGCAAGUGGUCUGUCCAGGAUUGACGCAAUAAAAUGGUGGCACGCAAAUCGCUGCAAGUAUCCAUCUCUCUUCAAGCUAGCCAUGUCUCUGUUAUACACCAAAGUAAGCUCAUGUGAUGUAGAGCGCUGCUUUUCUCUUGCGGGAAGAGUGGUUAGGAAAGACAGAGCACGGCUUCAUUAUAAGAAUGUACAAACUCUAAUGCUUUUAAGAGAUCGGUUUUCGAAAUUUGGCUUUUACAAGCCUUCUCCGAUUCUCGUGCUAGACUCAGAAAAUGAGACAGACCUCGACCUUGAUAAUGAAAACAAUGACAUAGAUUGUUACCUAUCAGACAGUUCUGAGGAAAUGCAUGACAGCCAAGAUGACAGUGCUGCAACUGCAAGGCUUACGUCUCAAGAGGGCAUUAAUACACCUGGCUCAGCUAUGUAA